GGCGGAAUCGGGGGCGGGACCGGAGCCGAGGGCGGUCGUGGAGGCGCGGGUGGGCACGGGAGCUGCGGGCGGUGUCAUCGCGCUGCCGCGCAUCCCGAGCCGCCAUGCCCGCCUUCCGGCAGGUUGGGGAGAAGCAGCUGCCGCAGGAGGUGGUGUUCAUGGCCUGGUCCCCCAAGAGGGACCUCAUCGCCCUGGCCAACAGAGCGGGGGAGGUUUUACUUCACCGGCUUGCAAACUUUCAACGAGUGUGGAGUUUGCCUCCAAAUGAAAACACGGGAAAAGAAGUGACCGCUCUUGCUUGGAGACCAGAUGGCAAAAUUUUGGCUUUUGGCCUUACUGACACCAAGCGGAUUAUUCUGUGUGAUGUAGAAAAACCUGAAAGCUUGCACUCCUUCUCUGUGGAUUCAUCUGUUACUUACAUGCAUUGGAUGGAAGUAACUGAGGAAAGCAGUGUUCUCACAUCCUUUUACAAUGCUGAGGAUGAAUCAAAUCUCCUUUUGCCUAAAUUACCCGCGCUACCAAAAAAUUACAGUACCACUGCAAAAAUUUUCAGUGAAGAAAAGUCAGAUGAGAUUAUGAAGCUGCUGGGUGAUGUAAGGCUCAAUGCUCUUGUUCUUGGUGGCAACUCAGGAUUUAUUGAGAUUUAUGCUUAUGGGAUGUUCAAGAUCGCUACAGUAGCUGGGGUGGCAGGUUCUUGCCGUGGACUGUGUUUGUCGAGCGAUUUGAAAUCGCUAUCGGUUAUCACAGAGAUACAAGGCUCUUUGGACAGCGAAGCAGAGAUAACAUAUUUUCAGCUGGACACUAGUCUCUUAUCAAGUUACUUACCUGAGGUAACUCGAAUGGCCCGGAAGUUUACUCAUAUUUCAACUCUAUUACAGUAUAUAAAGUUGUCAUUGACGUGCAUGUGUGAAGCGUGGGAAGAGAUAUUGAUGCAGAUGGACUCACGGCUGACAAAGUUUGUACAGGAAAAGAAUACAACCACUUCUGUUCAGGAUGAGUUUAUGCAGCUGUUGUUAUGGGGCAAAGCAAGUCUGGAACUUCAGGCAUUACUAAUGAACCAACUAACAGUAAAGGGUUUAAAAAAGCUUGGUCAGUCCAUAGAGUCUUCCUAUUCCAGUAUACAAAAGUUGGUUGUAAGUCAUUUGCAGAGUGGCUCUGAGGCCCUGUUGUACCACCUGAGUGAAUUGAAAGGAAUGGCUUUAUGGAAACAAAAAUAUGAGUCUCUGGGAUUAGAUGCAUCUGGAAUUGAAGAGGCUAUUACUGCUGUUGGUUCCUUCAUCCUGAAAGCAAAUGAGCUGCUUCAAGUUAUUGACAGUAGUAUGAAAAACUUCAAAGCCUUUUUCCGAUGGCUGUAUGUAGCCAUGUUGAGGAUGUCAGAAGAUCACGUGCUUCCAGAGCUGAACAAGAUGACUCAAAAAGAUAUUACAUUUGUGGCUGAUUUUCUUACUGAACACUUCAAUGAGGCACCAGAACUUUACAAUCGUAAAGGAAAAUACUUCAAUGUGGAGAGAGUUGGUCAGUACUUGAAAGAUGAAGAUGAUGACCUUGUAUCACCACCUAAUACAGAGGGAAACCAGUGGUUUAACUUUCUUAAAAAUAGUACUCAUCUUAAAGAAAGUCCACUUCUGUUUCCCUACUACCCUGAGAAGUCACUGCAUUUUGUCAAAAGGCAAAUGGAAGGGGUCAUUGAUCAGUGUUUACAAAAGCCAGCGGAUGUAAUUGGAAAAUCAGUGCAUCAAGCAGUCUGCAUGUCUCUCUACAAAAUAUCUCAAAGUGAAGAUUCCACUCCUCAAUUAUUUAAACUACCAUUUCUGUGGAAUGACAAAACAUCAAAUAUACAUUAUGUUCUCUUCACAAUAUUAGAAAACUCUAUUUCUAAAAUAUACAUUUUAAGGAGAAAUACUGAUACUUCCAGGUCUGUCAGUAAUGGAAUUCUUGCAGUAGAGUUUGGAAACUUCUUGAACAACAGUAUAAGGGAGACCUCUGAUUCAAGAUGCUAUAGUUGUUUAGAUGCACACUUCUAUGAUGACGAAACUGUAACAGUAGUUCUGAAGGAGAGUGUGGAACAAGAGGGGAAGGAGAGAAUCUUGGCUCAGCUGCCUUUAUCUUCAGUAUACACAACUAAGGACGAAGAUAGGGAAUUCAUCUGGGAUUCCACUAAAAGAUUGGAUGAGCAAAGUGAUGAGAUACCCACACAUACUGUCGUCUUGGAGAGUCAGUGGAGAGUGCUGGAGAAUAUGAAAGCUCAGUAUGUGGCUGUAAAUGGCAUUAGAAGAGUUUCCUGCGUGCUAAGUUCAAAUCUCCGUCAUGUGAGGGUGUUUGAGAUGGAUGUAGAGGAUGAUGGGGAAGUUGAGGAAGAGGAGGAAGAAGAAACAACUCAGAUUGCAGCUGAGGAACCCAAUGAGCAAAAUCAGUCUGCAGAAAAUGAGGACAAUGUGUGUGGCGCAUCUGCUGAAGAGCUACCUGAUGAAAUAGAAGAACAUGAGUCGAGUCUGGAGCCUUGAUAUAGCCUUUCAUAGUGGUAAAGGGUCAGGACUGUACUCCAACUUCAGGCUGCCGAGAUGGUGUGUUCUGUACCUACUCAAGCAGCUGUGGCACACAUUGUGUGUCCGAAUUCUGUAUUGUUUCUCAGCUAAGACUUGACUGUGUUUUAGAGUGGGUUUAUUUGACCAUUUUUUGUCUGGCACCUGGCUUGAUAUCAACUAAGUUUCCUUGAGAGGUUUUCCAUUUAUAAUUUUUUAUAGGUGUGGGGGAAAAGAAAUACUGUCUGAUGGUUUUGUAGUUAACCUGUUCAGUCCUGUAUGGUAUUGUGAAGAUAAAAUGAACUUGUAUGUGAAAACAACAAAACUCGGGACCAAAUUCUUUUCUUCUCAGACUUCAUGUUCUAGUAAUGUGUACAGAAGCUUCCUCUGGAACUGAAAUUUAAAAGUGUGUAUGGUCAAUGACAAGCUUGUGGAUCAGUAUAAGAUUCGUUAGACAACAAAAUUUAGCAAUUAUUGCUUAAAUACUUACUUAAAAACUCUUUUGGUAACAUCUGUCCUCAGUAACACAGUAUUUCAGUCUGUGCAGUUCUUCAGUCCUUGGUGUAAUAUUUGUGUGUGUGUGUGUUUUGUCAAAUGUUUGUAUGUCUCAGCCUGCCUAGUUUCUGUGAGGUUGUUCCUGAAAGUCUGUCCUCUCCAUCUGAUAUUUUUAUAAUGAAAAGUUACAACAGAGAGUAUAUUUUUUUAUUUUGAUGUGGCAUUGUCUAUUGUACAUAGGCUUUAGCAUAAUCACGCUUCUUGCUAAUUCGUAUAGUGCUGUAGGGAUGGCGUAGUGCUAAGCAGUAGAAGCUAGAAACAGUGUUUACAAAUCUGAAAUGUUUUUUUUUUCUUCCCUACUAGCUGUCAGAGUCUUAACUGACUUAAAACUCAGCUUUUUGAAUGAACAAUGCUGCUAAAUGCAUGGUCUUCCUUCAGAACAGUGAAUGUACCUUGUACUUGUGAAGAGGACCAGGUCUCAUGCACUUGCUCCAUUCUGUACCUAAAAAAUAAAUAAAACUUAUGAAAUUGCUAUCUGGCAUUGCAAAAAUCAGAUAAUAGACUUACACUCUUUCUCUUGUUUUGGAAUGUGCCAUUUUGAAGUAACUGCUUUUAAAAGUGGACUUCGGAAGUUUUUGGACUGUUGGAGAGAGACUUGUAACAAAGCUGUUGAGUUUUGAGAGGGACUUCUUAUUUAUUUCCUUCCUUGCCAACCUUCUUGAAAGCUGCUUGCUGUUCAACAUUCUCAUCUACAGAUGCUAAUGGCUGAAGACACAAUGAAGCUGUAGGGCAGGAGGGGCAGAAAUGCCCAUUAAACAGUGCUGUGGAUUUUCUGAGUAGAGCAGUUACUCUUGCUGAGAAAUUGCUGCUACAAUAGAAUCCUCUCAGCUUAAGCCUCGCCUUGUGUUCUUCCAGAAAACUUCUGCGUCUGAUCUAACUUUAAGAAUUGUCACACUGCAGUGCUCGGAAACAAUUGUUUUGCUGUGCUUUCUGCUGAGUAGUUUUAGUCCAUGGGCAUAUGGAAAUCUGAUCUGUCCUGCCUGUAAUUGUUUCUAAAUUUGUGUUAACAGCAGGUGUGUUGUGUGUCCCUGGGGCAUGCCCUACAGAAAUCUCCCUGGGGUUAUUCUGUGCAUCUUUCUAGUCCAGUAUUGGAUAUACUUGGGUCAAUGGGAGUUUUGUUUCUGACUUGGAUAAGAACUUGUGCACUUUCUGCAUCUCACGGUGACGUGAUAUGAACGCACCGGUUUAGAUUGGUACUUCUGUGUGCGUUGCUCAUUCUUUCUUUCAAACUUGUAUUUUGCUACCAAAUUUCUGUAAUAUUAAAUGUAUCAGUAAUGGGCUUAUGCAUCUGUUUUCAGAAAGGUAGUAAGAAAUACUUGAUUUUUCAAGAUUUUGGUGGAGUCGGGAAACAGUGAUCUUGCUUGUGGCUUUAAUCUCUUGUCUUUUUUUUUUUUUUUGGCUAAAUGAAGGCUCGUUCAACCUUUUUUCUCCUGUGAGUUCUCAUUCUUUCUUGAUAUUCUGUAGUCAUAACAACUCUUAUUCUCAGCAAGUGUGCGCAUGAUACGCUCAUUGUAAUACUAAUCCUUAGGCUCUUCUUAAAUAUCUACCUGUUUAGUAUGUGGCAUUUCUAGUUUUUUAAAGAUCUCUGGCAGCUUUUCUUUACUUUCUGCUUUUCACCUUGUGUAAUCCCUUUUCUGCUUGAUCAUCAUGACUUGAAAAAGUGCCAUAUUACUGAGUGUCUGCUUCAGUCUCUCACCAGUUGGUGCCAUUUUGCUUCUCCAUCUAGGCAGCCAGUGAUAUCAUUACUUCCCACUGAAGUGGAUGUCAUUGCACACUCACAGCUGCUUUCCUAAAUGAUCACUUCAGCUGCUCGAAAAGACAGAUGGUAGAUUAAAUAAUGAACAAAAGCUUACUUUACGUAACUGUUUCCUUUUUGCAGAGGGGCGAAAGGAUAUGUAUUUUUGUAACAAUAACUACUGUUGGUCUUAAUGCUGCUCGACUUUGAAAAAUCUACUUAAAAAAAUUUAAGCCUAUAUGUAAACCUUGACAGAAUGGGAAAGCCAUCUACAUAGAUACUUAAAUUCUUUAGUACCUUUCUAUGGCCUGUGAUAAUAUAUGUAGUCAGAGUUGGCUCAUGUCUUGUUGCAUACUGCAGUAGUAUCAGAGAAGAUCUCUCUUGCUACCUUAAACUAGCUGUUGCUUUUGGAGUUGUGACUCUAAUUUCUUGUUUCACAAGCUGGUUUAGGAGAAGAGCUGAGUUACAUGGUGCCAUGGAGCAAUGGUAGCAGUAUAAGAAGGACAUUUUGGAGAGGGGAAGGAAGACUUCACCAUGGAUUAUUUUGUAUUAAGGAGUAAGGAAAAUGCAUAAGAAUGAGGAGAUGGAUGAAAGGAAUUGUCACAGGGUGAGUUUCAAGGAGGGAGAUAAAAAAUAACAUGGGGAUCUCAAAGGAGAGUGCUACUGUGAAGGAAUUCUAAGAAAAAAACCAUACUGCCUCUGGAAGUAAAAGAGAGGAGACACUGCUAGUAGGUGAAUAAAAUGCAUUUAACUGUACUUCUAGGCUAAAUAAUAGAGCUGCUAGCAAAUGAGUAUGGAAAGCAUUGGUGCCAGCAAAGCCCAGCGUUGAAGUUAGUUAUAAUGGGAUAUAAAGGUAGUGUGGAUGUUCCGGUAUUCUUCCCCUAGGGGGUAUUGUGUGGCUACUUCUAGGUGUAAGUUCUACAGCUCUCUGCAAAUUGUGUAAUCGUGCCAGCCCCUGUGAAUCAGAAGACCUUGGGUAGUUUUAUGCGGUUCUCAUGCCUAACCUAGAAGAUAAAGUGAAGAAUCCUAUCAAAUUUAGCUUUUACAGUUCUCACUAGGAGUCCUGCAUCAUAAAGUGACCCUGUAGUUAGUAAGAGAAAAAUGAAAGAACCACUUAGGGCCUAGUAUAGGAAAUAAAAGACUAUUUUCAAAUCCGUACACUCACUGGAGAGUAUUCACAAUAGGAAUUUGGUGCCAUGUCAGUAGAGCUGUUGCAUGUUGGAUCUGGUGUUGGAGUUCUCUUAGUAUGUCAUUGAACCUGUUCUGCUUUAACCAAACCGAUUAGUUUGCUUGACUGAAAAAUAUUUGCAUUGACAAUCUGGAGAUUAACGUCUGUGCUAGCCACCUGAGAAGCUGAGGUUCAGGGUGCUCUUCCAAAGUGACCAGAAAAUAGGAUUGGUAAAAACACAUCUUUUUCUCACUCUGGUGAUUCUUUUACAGAUUCAGAGGUGCAAUAUUUUUUCCCUAUACGUUUUUUUCCUAAAUUAGUUACUAAAAUAAAUUUUUCAGAGAUUGAUUUUGCUCCUUGUAAUUCUCAAGAGAAAUUCUGUAAUGAAGAUGAAGACUUCUCAGGUGCACUGAAAAUUGUCCUAAACAGCCAAGACAGAUGAGAACCACAAGGGCAAAGGUUAAGGAAUUUGUUCAUCUAGUCAUGUAUUUAUUUUACACUGCUGAGGUAACCUAUGGUUUCCUGAGGGUAUAGUACAAGGACCAGGGCUUUCAAACAUUGCAAUAAUAUGAAGAACAAAAACUUUAUCUUGCCAUAUGUUGAACUGACUGUAUUCCCUCUCUAAUGGAAUCCUGCUAGACUAGAAGCAAAUGAGCAAUUCUUUUUUUGCUCGUUCUUUGAGAAAUAUAUGCUAUUUGUCCCCUCAUUUGCAGCCAAUCUAUACUAGGCUUCAUGCUCCAGCUACUUCACUGAUGUUCAGAAUACUGAAAUACAGGAGGGUGGAAAGCAUCAGGACACUGUGGUUUCCAGGUAGUGUGUAUUA